CCCGUAAGAAUUGAGGUUUAACUAGAGGCAAAGCGAGGAUCUUGCCCGCCCGGGUUUCAGUUGUCCACGGCUUCUCCUCCUGUCGUUGCGGGCGUGAUUCCUGGGACUCAGGUAUUUUCCUUUUGCUGUCCACCUGCGGCUCAGGCAGUGGCAGAGUUUUGCCGGAGUGUCGCUGGUGCUGAAAAGAGAUGGACCACACAUCUCCAACCUACAUGCUUGCUAACUUAACCCACUUACAUUCUGAACAACUUCUGCAGGGUCUGAAUCUUCUUCGUCAACAUCACGAACUCUGUGACAUCAUUCUUCGAAUAGGUGAUGUUAAAAUCCAUGCUCACAAAGUGGUACUUGCCAGUAUCAGCCCAUAUUUUAAAGCUAUGUUCACUGGAAACCUUUCUGAAAAAGAGAACAGUGAGGUUGAGUUUCAGUGCAUUGAUGAAACUGCUCUCCAGGCCAUUGUGGAAUAUGCCUACACAGGGACUAUUUUUAUUUCGCAGGACACUGUUGAAUCUCUUCUUCCAGCAGCAAACCUACUCCAGAUAAAACUUGUCCUGAAAGAAUGUUGUGCAUUUCUUGAAAGCCAGCUUGAUCCUGGUAAUUGUAUUGGAAUUUCUCGUUUUGCAGAGACAUAUGGAUGUCGUGACCUUUACUUAGCAGCCACUAAAUACAUAUGCCAAAAUUUUGAAGCUGUUUGUCAGACUGAAGAAUUUUUUGAGCUUACACAUGCUGACUUGGAUGAAAUUGUUUCCAAUGACUGCUUGAAUGUAGCUACAGAAGAGACUGUUUUUUAUGCACUUGAGUCUUGGAUCAAUUAUGAUGUACAAGAACGCCAGAAAUAUUUAGCGCAGCUACUUAACAGUGUGCGAUUACCAUUGCUGAGUGUUAAAUUUCUCACUAGACUAUAUGAAGCAAAUCAUCUUAUCCGUGAUGAUCGCACUUGUAAACAUCUUUUGAAUGAAGCUCUGAAGUAUCACUUUAUGCCUGAGCAUAGACUCUCUCAUCAGACAGUCUUGGUGACACGACCUCGCUGUGCCCCCAAAGUACUUUGUGCAGUAGGAGGAAAAUCUGGACUGUUUGCCUGUUUGGAUAGUGUGGAGAUGUACUUUCCUCAGAAUGACUCUUGGAUUGGUUUGGCACCCUUAAACAUGCCUCGCCAUGAAUUUGGAAUAUGCGUUUUAGACCAAAAAGUGUAUGUUAUAGGUGGUAUUGAAACUGACGUGCGUCCUGAUUUCACUAUCAGAACACAUGAAAAUUCAGUAGAAUGCUGGAAUCCUGAUACAAAUACCUGGACUUCUCUUGAGAGAAUGAAUGAGCACCGAAGUACCCUUGGAGUAGUAGUACUCGCAGGAGAGCUUUAUGCUUUAGGUGGUUAUGAUGGACAGUCUUACUUACAAUCUGUAGAGAAGUAUAUUCCCAAAUUAAGAAAAUGGGAGCCUGUGGCACCAAUGACUACAACACGAAGUUGUUUUGCCGCAGCUGUGCUGGACGGAAUGAUAUAUGCCAUUGGUGGGUAUGGUCCUGCCCACAUGAACAGUGUGGAGCGUUAUGAUCCAAGUAAGGACUCCUGGGAGAUGGUUGCAUCUAUGGCAGAUAAAAGGAUUCACUUUGGUGUGGGUGUCAUGCUGGGCUUUAUUUUUGUGGUAGGUGGACAUAAUGGUGUCUCACAUUUGUCAAGUAUUGAAAGAUAUGACCCUCAUCAAAAUCAGUGGACCCUGUGUAGACCAAUGAAAGAACCCAGAACAGGAGUUGGUGCUGCAGUAAUUGAUAACUACCUUUACGUAGUUGGUGGUCACUCAGGGUCUUCCUAUCUGAACACCGUGCAGAAAUAUGACCCUAUCUCAGAUACAUGGCUGGAUUCAGCUGGCAUGAUAUACUGUCGCUGCAAUUUUGGAUUAACUGCACUUUGACAAGUGUGGACUCAUGGAAAUAGUGAGGCGAUGAACCUUGUGUCGCAUGAAAGGAUGCCCAGUUUCUGAAAUCCGAAAGCUGCAUUGCUUUCUUUUUAACUUGAAAUGGCAUGAAGACUCAAAGUUUUGUUAGGUACUUUGAACUGACAGGUAGCUUUGGUUGCUCUUGAUUACACAGUGAUCAAUAAUCAAAAAAAAAAAAAAAAAGGAAACAUCUUGCCAAUUAAAUUGUGCGCUUCUGCGCCCCUCCCCCCUCCAAUACUGGGACAAAGUAGUUUUAUGUUCAUAAGUGUACAUGUGGAGAAAAAAUUUUUUCUUAAAUUUUAGCUCUUUUCCUCAAUACGUACCAUGAUUUACUAGGAUAAACGAUGUUUGGAUGGUGGGAUGUAGUGAAUGACUGGACAGAGUGCUGAUACUGACAGAUAUAAAUUCAUAUGCUUUACAUUUUAAAUAAAGGGCUGCUUUUUUUUGGUACUUUAAGGGGUGUAAAUUAUAUACCAUAGUGACUCACCUGAACUUACUUUCUGCUAAAUGGCUUUAGGGCUGGGAACGUAAUAACUCAGCAAGACAAAUGCUUUUACUAUCGUGAUAUUUGGGGGCCUAUUUAAAGAAGUCAUAUUUACUGUUUAUAUCUUUUUUAUAUGGGCAGGGUAAUGCUGGAUGAAUUUAUUUACCCAUCUAUGCUAUGCUAAGCAUGGAUAGAGUUACGCAUAUCAGUUUAAUUUUUUAGUAGUACAG